AUGGCGAACAAAGAAAUGGGACCUGUUCCUUCGUCAACGGUUUCAUCAGAUGACACAUCAAGUGUCGAGAGCAUAAGCCCUGAAAUAAAACGCAGCCUUAAGAGAAAACACAGCAGCUCGGAUACGGAUUUUACAGAUUCAAGUGAAAGUCGGCAUAGUCAGGAACGGAAAAAUCCUAGCGAUGUUGAAGGUAUAACAACUAGUACCAGCGGUGGAAGCGAUAUGCGCUCAAGCAGUGAAAGUCCUAUCCUUGGGUCUGAGAUACCGUUAAAAUGUAGCGAUUGGAGUGACCAAGUUUUCCCCCUCUUGCGUGUAGAGGUGAUGCCGGAGGUUUUCACUCCAUAUGUUGUGUUUUCAUCAUAUUCAGAUUUUUUGGAAAGUCAGAAAAAUAAGAGAAGUAAAAUAAUAGCCAUGAUGAACGAUUCCCUUGCAGAAAGGAAAGUUGUUCUUGAUUGCUAUAAUUAUGCAAUGGAAAAUGUUUUGGAUCUUGAGUAUGAACAUAUUGACCAUAUUCCAGUUCACAGAGUAGAGGAGCUAUUUGAAAAUACAGAGACUUUAGAUAAAUCCUCAAUGAGGGAUUGGAUGAGGCAGUUUACAGAGAAUGAUCUUAAAGCAGGUGGUAAGGACUUGAAAGAAAAAUUUAAAAGGGUGCAUCAACGGAUUAAUGAAUAUUUGUGGCAGUUGCUUUACAUGGUAAAUAAAAGACAGUUUCCAGAGCCAGAGGAAUUGUCAGAGGGAAUGUUUCAAGAGCUUUUUUUGAGAUUUGCCAAAAUAUUUGAAUUGGAUCUGGUAGGAGUGCCAAAUGUUGGACGAUACACUUUUGAUGUUAGUGGGACAGAGACUUCAUCAGUUCCUGAUGCUUUAGUCAUCAAUCCUCGCAGAAAGAAUUCAGUUCUUGCAGUUGUUGAGGUGAAAAAGUUCUAUAGCAAAGAAAUUGAUUCAGAAACUCAGAGGAAGUUGAGAAAGGUCACGAAGGUACAAAACCCAAUUCAGCAUGUGGACAGUAAAUUAAAAGGCCAACAUGUUGGAGAAAUACUCUCAGUUCUGCAGUAUUCUUUGUUUGGACCCACUGGAAUAUUUGGUCUUAUUGUCCAAGCAACAGAAAUAACAGUUGUAGCAUUUGCAACAGAUGAGAAGUAUUUGGAAUGUGUCAGAAAGGGACGACUUCCUAAACAAGACUGUGCUACUGUUAAAUACAGUGAAAAAUGCAAUAUUUUGUCAAAGAAAGGACGACUUGAACUUGUUAAGACUUUUCUUGAUAUGUCAGCUUUAAUGAAAUGUCUUUAACUUUGAAUAUUUUAUAAUACAUGGUAUAAGUGUGGUUAUUCAGAAAGCAAACAUAAUUUUACAUGUUUUAGAAGGUUUAUGAUGUGAAGGUCAUUUUUUUCCCUUUACUGUCAAAAUAAGUAAAUGGUAAAGAAUUUGAAAGGCUUUUAUUAAUGAUGGAAAGGUAAAGCAUGACACAUAGUUCUGCAAUUAUGAGCUUUAAUGUGCAGUUUGUUUGUUGUUUUGCAUAAGGAUUUCAUUCAGGAUCUUUAUUUUUAAGGUUAUAAAUAUCCUAUAACGUAUUUGUGGAAAAAGAGUACCUUAUUCAGUUUUAAAUACUUGCUUCUAGAUUGCUUACAGGAAUCUAUUUCAAGUUUGUUCAUGAAAUA